UUCAGGAUUUUAUCUCAAAAUAUGAAGAAUAGGUACCUUCUGGCUUCUGCUAUUUAUGCUUAGCGGCAAAUAGAAGAAGUCUAGUAUAUAUUUGUAGAUUUCUCACGGCCAGACUCCACUGAGCUUACCAAAUGCAAAUAGAUAGAAGUUUUUGACAAAAUGAUGUUUAACAAUUAUUGCUAUUUAUGUUUAGCUACAAAUAAAAGAACAUUUAACAUUUAUAAAACGGAUCUGCAAUACUUUUACGAGAGCCUGGCGCACUAUACGAUCACAGACAGUGAAUGUUGGAUGUGCUACAUCUGUCACACGAGGCUUCAGCAAUGUCUCCGGCUGCAGCAGUUGGCUGUGCAGACACGGGGUCUCAUUGAUGGCCAGAAUAAGAUCAAUAAUAAGUUUGAAUCGUUUGAAUCUUUAUUAGAAUUGACAACCUAUAAAAGGAAGAAUAUUUCCAUAACACAAAAUGCCUUCAAUGUCAAACAGCAGCCAGAUGUAAAGACAGAACCAGACAAUGAUGAUGGCAAGGACGAAGUUGAAUAUCUAGACAAUACAACAUAUAAUGACUAUGAGGAAAAUGAUGAAGCCGUAAUAGAUUUCAGAGAAGACAAUCAAUGUGGUAACGGUCCACGGGAUUUACUGAGUGCUGAAGUAAAUGAACUAAGACCCUUGCUUAGAGUAAACAUUGUUAAGCUGAGCCAAAAUGAAAUUAACAAAUAUGUUAAUCAAAGUCCUAGAAGACAUCAAGUCACAGAAUGUCUUGAUAACCAAGCUGCAGCUAAAUAUACAGACGCACAGAAUAAAGAUGAUAAGGAUAGACAGAAAAUAGAAGACAAGAUAGGACAUGAAGGUAUCAAGCAAAUAACAAACAGCAAGAAUGGAAAUAGAGGGGCUCGGUCCCACAGUCAGAAUCUGCGAAGUUGUGAUGUUUGUUCCAAGACGUUUGUAAAUGAAAUAAAAUUGCUACGGCAUAUGAAGACUCAUAACAGACCGUACACCUGUGACUAUUGUGGAAAGAAAUGGAUACGAAAAGCACAUGUAUUGGAUCACAUUAAAAGAGCUCAUGGUAAAAAGCAGUUUGGCUGUGAUAUUUGUUCAAAGAAAUGGAUACAAAAAGCACAUUUAUUGGAUCACAUUAAAAGAGCUCAUGGUGAAAAACAGUUUGGCUGCGACAUUUGUUCAAAGAUGUUUACCAACAAGGCUGAUUUGUUCUCACACACAAUAGUUCAUACAGGUGACAGACCAUUCGGCUGUGAUAUUUGUGGGAAGAGCUUUGCCCAUAGAAGCACUUUAUAUAACCAUAAUAAGUAUAAGCAUUCUGAUACCAAACAGUUUAUUUGUAACAUCUGUUAUAGGGAAUUCUCCCUUCGUUCUCGAUUAAAUGAACAUAUUAUGCUCAUCCAUACAGAUGAAAAACAACUAACCUGCCACAUUUGUGAUAAAAAGUUGACACAAAAAAUAUAUUUAAGAGAACAUAUCAAAAUUCAUACAGGUGAAAAACCAUACAGCUGUGAUAUAUGUCAAAAGAAGUUUUCUGUAAAGGGUAAUUUGAAUCAACAUGCAAAAGUUCAUACAUACGACCAACGACAUUCCUGUAAUAUGUGUCCAGAGGAGUUUAUGCAUUUAAGACAUUUAAAUAUGCAUAGAAGAGUGGUCCAUAAAGUACAUCUAUAUAGCUGUGUUGUAUGUAAUGAGAAGUUUUCAUUGAAGAGUAAAUUAAAAUUUCAUGCAAAAGUUCAUAGACGCAUAAUACCAUUAAAACCAUAUAGCUGUCCUAUAUGUGCACAGAAGUUUAUAAAACUGGAUUGUUUUGAUAAACAUACAAACGAUGUUCAUGGUGAAAUUUUACUUUACACCUGUAAUAUUUGUCACAGGAAGUUUGUCUCAGUAAAUCGUCUAAACAGACACAUAAUAAGUAUGCAUAUGAUAAAAAAGGUGAAAGUUUUUAUAUGCGAUAUUUGCAACAAGAUAUUCCAUCUUAGGGAUAGCAUAACAAAACACAUGCGUACUCAUAGUGGCAACAAGCCGCAAGCCAAACGAGUUCAACAACAUGUAAUUUAGAGAAGCUAAGCUGUACAGUAUUGCCGUACGAGAAUUAAUUACCUAUAUCUUUAUAUAAUCUUUUUUAUAUCUUUAUAUAUCUUUAAGUAUUGCCGUACGAGAAUUAAUUAUAUCUUUAUAUAAUAAUCUUUAUUUGCCAUAUUUUGGCAAAUAAAGAUUAUGAAUUAACUCGGGAACGGCUUCUGCACUGGGGUGAUCAAAAUGAAACACGUCUUCACGAUGAACUAAUAGCGGAGUCGAGGAAUAGCGAGGUUUUCGGCCUUUUUGGAACGAAGUUCCUUAUCCCGCGUUCAGCGUCAAACUGAAGGCUAGACCAUGGCUAGACAGAACGACAUUUGACCUUGAUUUGACC